AUGAAUCAGUCAGACAGAGACGGCGCGAGUCGCGUAAAGGUUGUGAAUCGAGUUCUUAUUUUCAUGAGCUUGUGUUGUUCAAUUCAAUCCCUACGUAUUGAUAAGAGAAACACUGAUAAGAACGUCUGUCAACGCCUGUUUGACACUCGUAGUGUGAUCGCAAUGAUCGCAAAUUGAAAUCAUAAUGUUUUUCUAUUGAAAUGUGCAUCGAAAUGUGAAUUUCAUAUAAAUAAAAUAGUGUUUGUUAAUGAAACAUCGAGGGGCGCACAUGAACAUCCCAAAGCGAAUGACGUGAGUGACAGUGGCGCCACCGCGGCCGUCGGCGCGAACUACAGCCAGUAGACGAAUUUCGCUCGGUGGGUAAUGUGAGGUUGAGCGAAUUAAUCCAAGUUUCUCACGAAAUGGCCAGCAAUAUGAAGCCGAUGCACAAAAGCAAGCACUUCCCGAUAGACCAGCUCGUGUGUGUCGGCAAUUACGAGCUGGAGAAAACGAUUGGCACGGGAAAUUUCGCUGUUGUAAAACUCGCUACACACAUUAUUACUAAGAGUAAGGUAGCAAUAAAAAUUAUAGACAAAUCGAGGUUAGAUGAAGACAAUUUAAAAAAAACUUUCAGAGAAAUAGCUAUUAUGAAGAAAUUGAGGCAUCCACACAUAGUCAGGUUAUAUCAGGUUAUGGAGAGCAGUCACACAAUAUAUUUAGUUACAGAAUAUGCUCCAAAUGGAGAGAUUUUUGAUCACCUAGUAUCACGGGGUCGCAUGACUGAGCCCGAAGCGGCGCGGGCGUUCGCACAAAUGGUAGCGGCUGUCGGCUACUGCCACGCUCACGGCGUGGUGCACAGAGAUCUCAAGGCAGAAAACCUGUUGCUGGAUAAGGAUAUGAAUAUUAAGUUGGCAGACUUCGGCUUCAGCAACGAGUACACAGCAGGGUCCCCGCUGGCUACGUGGUGUGGGAGCCCGCCAUACGCCGCCCCCGAGCUGUUCGAAGGCAGGCAGUAUGACGGGCCUAAGGCGGAUAUCUGGUCACUCGGCGUAGUGCUAUACGUGCUAGUAUGUGGCGCCCUACCUUUCGACGGCAGCACGCUACAUGAACUGAGGAGCGUCGUGCUCAGCGGGAAGUUCCGAAUACCUUACUUCAUGUCACAAGAUUGUGAACACCUCAUCCGUCACAUGUUGGUAGUAGAACCCGAGAAACGCCUCUCGCUCCGCAGCGUGGCGCGACAUCGCUGGCUCGCGGCACACCAGCCAGGACCCGGCCCUGGACAAUAUGACGCAUGGGGCGGCGCGUGCGCAUGCCACUCGGGGCUGGAGCCGCGCAGCUCGGCGGCGCAGGCGCACACCGUGCGGGCACACAUGCUCACACUGCCCGGACUCACGCAGGGACAUAUAGACCAGGCGUUACAAGAAGACCGCUUCGACCACAUCUCGGCUAUCUACCACUUGUUGAUGGACAAGCUGCAACAGCGGACCAGCGCCAGGAAUAGUCUGCAGCAUAGAGAUUCAUUAGAUUCAACAACUGGUCAGCCCUUGGAUCUCACAAGUUGUAAGAACACGCAAGAAGAACAGAUGGACGCAGAAGAGAGUACGACACAAGACUGCCUGGUGACGGUGCCGUGCGAGCCUGUCGACUACCUCACUGACCAGCCUGAUAACUUGGAGAAGUUCGGCUCAACAGAAGCGCCGGUAGUGGAAGAGCCACCUUCUCAACCAGUCCUCACCAGCACCGCGGAGACUCACGCCACCAGGAGACAUACCGUCGGACCGGGAGACUGCCGGCAUACUCAGGGCGGCGAGCUGGGUGUGUGCGGCGCGGCGUCGGCGGACCUCAGGCCUUCGCCGCUAUACGUGUCCGCGCACUUUAAUCAACAAGCCUCCCCCAACGUAUCAAUGCUACCGAACACGAACCUGGCCGCAAAGCUACCGGCCGUGCAGCAUCAGCCGCCUCGCUACUUCAGCGUCAAGGAUCAGCACCUGCUCAAACCGCCGCAUGCCAUGCAGACUCAAGCGUCAACAUUCGGUCGGCGCGCAUCAGACGGCGGAGCCCACGUGCCGCGCGGCCGCGAGCGAGCCUGCUGCCACUCCGCACCCGCACACCAUGUGUCUGAUAGUGGAACGCCGGCGCGAGCUGAAGACGCAGAGCAGACGGAAGAACAGAAUACUGAUUCUGCUUAUAACACCAAUUUAUGCAGGUAUAUGAUGAACCGCGGUAGCAGUAAACGCCACACGAUGGCGACGCCGGAAGACGCGGCCAACGUCGUCACUUCCAGCACCGGCUCUAUGCAAAGCACGUCGCCAUCUUCAACAACGAGCAUACGAGUGCGCAGAACUGGUCUCCUCACCGUCACAGAGCGACCGCCCGUUAUUAGCCCUGAGUUAGUAAUGGAGGUCGAAGCAAGAAUGAAGAGGAAUUACUUACCACCUUCUAUGCAAUACCAAAACCAGAGUGGGUACCAAAGUCCCCCAACACCAACUGGGACAAUCCCCAACCCUGUACCACAGUCCCCCACUCAGGGAUCCAUAACCGCUGGUACCCCAAGUUAUAGCCAAAAUACUGGCAACCAGAAAUCCAUGAAACCAGUUCUUGAAACUAUACCCCAAGGCAGCAUUAUGGGGACUAAAGGGUCUAUAAUGUGUGGUACACCGAUAAGUCAAGCGGCUUCCCCAUUCACCCCAACUUUGGGACAGUUUUCCCCAAGUCAUGGGAGUGUGGUUACACAAAAUGUGGGAUCGAUAACUAGUGGUACACCUCUCAAUCAAGGAUCGAUAAUGUCUGGAACACCGACUUAUGAUAAUACGACUUUUGCCGGUUUUGGUACAAAUAACUUUGGGAGCAACUCUAGUGGUUCUUUCAGUAUGAAUACACAGAAUGUUAACAGUUUUGGUUCGAUCACUAGUGGUACACCUAUGAGUCAGGGGUCUUAUCAAAACGCCGCCAUGAAUCAGGGGUCAAUAUCUGGCGGGACCCCAAUGAACACAGGUUCAUUCCAAUCCACCAAUCAAACUUCUUACCAAAGUACAUCGAUGUCUCAGCCAUCAUUCCCGAAUGCCCCCAUCAAGAAGGGGUCUAUAACUGACGGGACCCCAAUCGCUCAAAAUCCUUUCCAAUCCUCCCCAAUGAACCAAGGUUCGUAUCAAAACGUUCCUAUGAACCAAACUCCAUUUUCUAGCACCCCUAUCAAAAAGGGGUCUAUCACUGAUGGCACGCCUAUCACCCCUUACCAAAAUCCCCCAAUUAAUUCAGGACCAGGGUCUUUCACCCCUCUAAACCAAGGUUCAAUGACGACCAUACCCCAAUCCUCAUUUUCCAAUCCUUGCUUAACCCAAACAUUUGAAAACUCACCGAUGUACCAAAGCUCUUAUACUUCCGAAUCUUUCAUAACAGCCCCAAUUAAAAAAGGUUCUAUAACCGAAGGUACACCGAUCCAAAGUCAAUUUUCCAACUCCCAAGGUACAUUUAAUUCUGGUAAUCAGUACCAAAAUCAGCAAGUUACGCCAAUGAACCAGGCUUACCAAACUCCCCCACCCAACCAAGGGUCUUUAAUGAACCAAAGCUCUUUUCCGAACGCCACUGGAAGCCCAAGUGGUACAAAUUACCCCACCCCAAUGAACCAGUCGUACCAAAAUGCCCCAUUGAAUCAGGGCUCUAUAUCAAGUGGUACACCUACGUACCAGCCUAUGGGACAAUCGUACCAGAGUACUGGGAACAUGCAAGGGUCGAUCACUGCUGGGACGCCGCUGAACGCCGGCAGUGGAGGGUUUAACCCUCAAUAUAGUACAAAGCAGAGGAAAUAUUCGGGACCGCAGAGGGUUAAGUUGCAAAUGUUGGCUACCGUGCAAGAAAUGGCUCGCGAGCACGCGGAGCGCUACUCGCCGGUGCGACGCGCCGAGUGCUCGCCGCCCCGCGCCGCGCACGACAUCGCGUCCGCCAGGCUCGAGUAUCAGCAGCUACAGCGUGGCUUGGAGCGUCGUAGCGGCGGGCCGGGUGCUUCGCCCCCGCACGCCGAUGUCAGGCUACAUACGCCCGGGACUUCCAUGCCCGGGUCCCCAAUCCACCCCGCCGUGACAGCGUCUCCCUUGGACCUGAACACGGUGUCGCCGGAAGCCGCUCGCGCCGUGCUGCUGGCAGUCAGGAACAUCAUGACAGACCCCGCCGCUGUUGAUACGCAUACCAGCUUACUGCUAACACAGGACGUAGCGCUAAAAAUCGGCAUCAACCUACACGCGCUAUAUUCCCCCCACGUGAACAUAUCGCAAGAAAUACUAAAAUCCAUUCAUUCUUACAACAACUUCGCUUUACUAUCCGGCCACACCUCUCCUGCCAGCCCAGGGUCCCCACUCCACCAGAUCACCGAAGGUCUCAGCUACCUGCACACGGGGUCCAUAACUAGAGGGACCCCUCAAGCAUCAGCGACACCCUUGGACCUCAGAAGCAACAUAGAUAUGGAUACAGGACAGUACCAACAAUUACACCCUUUAGUCCACUCUCAAAUCCACAUGGUGACCCAUAGGUCUUUGAAUAACUCCCCUAUUUCGAACCCUGGGUCUCCCUUAGAUAUGAUUCAAGAAGAAAUAGGGAAUGGGUCACAUUUGGACAAGAAUUUUCAUGAAAGCAUGAGGUUUGUACCUAGUUUUGCUCCAACACAUCCUCAGAUAAGUUUGACAGAUUGCUUGGGGUCAGAAAUUACUCUUGUGGCUUCGUCGUCUGAAGAUAGUAUGGACAGCUUAGAGAAUACGAAGUACGCUUUACCACAGUUCGUGAUCUCUGAACCAUCUGACUUGGAUGAUCGGCCGUCUAUAACUAAGGGGAUUGGGAGGAAAGUCAGCCAGGAGACAGAACAGCCAGAGCCGAAAGAAGAAGUAAUUGCUGAUAAAGACGCGGAAAUGCAAUCCCCUAAAGAAAGUGUGGAUGAAACGGCGAAAUUCUUGACUGAAGAACUAAAAUAUCCAGGAAGAAGAGGGAGUGAUAAGUCGCUCGGUUUUAGCGAUGAUUCGCUAAGCAAUGACUCGGCGAAUGCGUCACCGAAUUGCGAGCAAAACAUACAAUCGAUAUACUCGAAUAUUGUAUCGAUAAGUUCCGGCUUCAGCGAGAAUCGAGGGAGCUUCUCAGAGCAUCGAGAAUCGUUCUCAUUCUCGGAUAGAGGGAGUUUCUCAGAGAGAGGUGAUUUUGGGAGGUCCUCGUUUUCCGAAAGAAGUGAUUUCGGCAGAGGGAGUUUUUCUGAAAAGGGAGAAACUCCAAGGUCUUCUUUCUCCGCUCAAGGUACGUUAGGAGAAGUAAAAGAAUACUAUGAAGAUGUGUAUAUGUCUCGGGAUAACAGCCGACAGUGUUUGGAGAAAUGUGAUGAAGAAGGGACGCCCCCUAGCGAAGAAAUUGAGAAACUGCAGAGGUCCACAAUGGACCUCCGACUGACUGAAAUCUGUAGGCCUGAGGAGAAAAUACCAAUACUACUAAGUCCCCAAAAGGUUUCCUGUGUCCAAGAGUAUUAUGAAGUUACUUUAUCUACAGUAUGUUCCAAGUUAGAUUCGCAAAGGAUAGUAGAGUUACUGAAAGAAGCGAUUAACACGAGGGUUCCACCGCAAAAUAUAUUUGUGGAAACAGACCAGAAAGAUGGCGACGGAACCCUAACUGGGUAUUUGAAUCUAGAAUAUUCUGGGGGCAUACAAAUCGAGCUGGUCUUAUGUGAAAACAAGGCGAUGGAGAAAAAAGGCUUGAAAAUGCGACGGAUAUCCGGUGACCAGAGAGAAUACGGUAAACUAUGCGAACAACUAAUCACAAGUUUAACUGUCUAACUUUAUAUUUCCAAAAAAAUACCAGCCGGUAUUACUAACACAAUGUUUAACUCAUCUGUCAAUCUGACGUUUUAUUUGAACUGUCAAAGUGACGUUCAUGAAGUACAAUUUUGACAGCUGUCAAAUUUAACUUUCAACGGAUUUUUGCCGUUUUCGAAUGCAUUUAAAGUUUUCCCGUUUCAUUCCUGUUGUGUGAAUUAAAAGCAGAUUGGUAUGUCGAAAGAUUUUGAAAACAAAAUUGUGUGAAAAAGCUCGCUCGGCCACGAUAUAUUUCAAAAUUGUUCACUUUAUUCAAUUUUUUUUGAAGAUCCUAGGUAUAUUUAUGCGACAAAACUCUUAAAGUUUAAUGUUUUUAUACAGUAAGCGUCCAAUGAGUUAGUAAUUCUGAAGUUAGUCAUUUGACUCUUUGCGCAUUUACAUAUCCAUACAGAUAUUAUAUGUAGAGUUGCUUUGCCUGUGUGAAGUUGGCUACGGUUGAAAAAUGCUACUGCGGACGCGUGAAAUGACAAAUGCCUAAAUUCAGAAUUGCAAAGAUACUUGGUGUGAACUGUACCUAUUAUAUGACAUAUUUUUUUCUUGUAAAUGUUUGGUCUUGGACGCGAGCGAAGGCGAAAGAUAUAAUAAGUGAUAAUUGUGCAAUAUUAGGUAUGAAUCAAAUUGUGUACAGUUAGCGAGAAAAUAUACGUAUUCUACGUAAAACAUAAAAAAUAUAUCUAUCAGUUUAAACGGUAUUUUACAGAAAAAAAUUAAAAAUAGUUUUUUCAGUAAUCGCUGACUGUACCAGAAUAUUGGUAUUUUUAAAUAAUAUAUAAAUUCUUCCUAUUACUUGGGAUUUAACAUUCCGUCUAAAAAUCUUUAUAAAUUGUAAUAUUUUGGCCCAAUAUACUUUAAAAGCCAAAUUACACCGACAAUAUAAACGUCAGUUUUCUUAAAACAACUGUCCACUAUGAAUUUUUACGUUCAAAAUCAAAGUAAACAAUUGUUUUAAGAAAAACUGACGUUUGUGUUAUCGGUGAAACUUGUCUCACACGGUAGAACUGUCAUUCUUAUGUCAAAAGGGCCAUUUUGAAAAAUAAUUCCGUAUUUUAAAUUCAUCUUGCUAAUAUUGAUAAAUUAAAAAUCCGUCUUUAAUAAAGAAAAGCUUUCUAAAAUCUCUGACUCGUGAUUUGACAAAUUAUAUUUUAUUCUGUAAGUUACAUACUAAAGAAUUGACUAUCUAUGUACUUUUAUUUACUAUGCGAGUAAAAUUAUUAUUUUAUUUUUAUCGUACAUAACUUUUGCAUGCUACAUUUUACAAAAGUGUUUU